AUGCCAACAGUAGGAGGAUUAGCAUUCAGCUUAGCAUCCGGAGCAGCAAUAAGGCUUUUCCAGACCAGUCUCAGCGGCUCACCUGGUAAAUUAUCACAAAAGUUGAUUGGAUACGGAUCCAUCAUGACUUUAACGGGCUCGCUUUAUUAUUUCGUAUUGGAUCCACAGAUUGAACAGAAUAGGGAGUUGUUGAGUAGGAGAUUGAGUGCAUUGAGAGAACAAAGGGAGCGUAAGCUGGAUUUGGUGAGUUUUGAAGAACAAGAACUGAGAUUGUUUACUGCUAGGGAUAAAGGAAGAUUCUUUAGAUUGUUUGACAAGUACAGUCAGCCUUAUAAGUAG